AUGGCAGACAAAGCUGAGCACGAGCGUAUUUUCAAGAAAUUUGAUGCUAAUGGAGAUGGGAAAAUCUCUGCCGCCGAGCUUGGAGAUGCUCUUAAGAACCUUGGCUCCGUCACGCACGAGGACAUCAAGAGAAUGAUGGCCGAGAUUGACACCGAUGGUGAUGGAUACAUAUCGUACCAAGAAUUUAUCGAUUUUGCAAGCGCCAACAGCGGUCUUAUGAAAGAUGUUGCCAAGAUUUUCUAA